AUGGAGGCUAAUCCUACCAACGUUUGUCUCUCUGGAGAAAAUCCCCCCAAGAAUGACGGGGAUGGAACUCCUCUUCCCUAUUCACCCUCGCCCCCUCCGCCAGCACCCCCGCUGCCGAUUUGUGUGCAACGUGAACUCCCGAAGCUUUUCUCGGAUGAAACCAAGUCCUUUGAUGACAUGGUAAAGGAAGCUGAGGCCGACAUUUACUCGGUCCAGAAGAAAACGCGUGAUAUUCUCCUCGACAUUGCGGCUCCUAGAUCCUUCCGUGGCAUUCCCUAUCCGAAGCUGUUUGACGACGACUGGUUGUCGAAGUUAAUGGACUUUGUGAACACAGAUCAUCUGAAGCAGAUGAAGGAGAAGAUGCAGGAUCGUGCGUGCGAUCUCGGCCAGCAGGAGCCCAAGUUCAUGCCCCGAACCAGGAUCAUCAAGUUCCUCGAUCCUGCUACUUUUGCUUCCUCGCGCGAGGGUCGUCAGUUGGAGAUGAACGGAUGGGUCCGGGUCUAG